AUGGAGGAGGACUUGGCAUUGCAUUUUGAAAAAUCUCGGUAUUUGACCGUUGACUCAUGGGGACCUUACACGUUGCAGGUUCACCCUAGAGGAAUAGUUCAGACCGGUGGCGUAGUGGACUUGCAGGAACAGACUUGCACUUGCGGCUUGUUCCAGUGCAUGAAAUUUCCUUGUCCUCAUGCAUGUGCUGCAUCUCAGGAGCAAAAUAUUAGCAUGUACGCACUAUGCUCGCCAUAUUACACAACAGAAUAUUGGAGGAGGACAUAUGAAUGUACAAUUAUGCCAGUUGGUGACGAGGAUGAUUGGGAAUUGCCUCAUGACAUAAAGAACUUGACAGUUGGAGUGCCUGUUGAGAAGCAACCAGUAGUGCGACCCAACAAACAAAAGGUUGGAAGAAUUAAGAACAACCGAACUGCUUGUAAUGGUGAAAGGAUUAUCAAAUCACGAAAUUGUAGGAAGUGCGGUGCCAAGGGGCACAACAGAAGCACUUGCACCUACCGAGGUUAA